AUGUCGAGCAUUCAGCGGUGGACAGUCAACGAGCCCUACCUCGACAUAGCGGGCACCUUGCUCGAAGGCCCCUAUCACGACGUGGCUAACAAUGAAUUCCGCUUCGUCGACAUUUGGGAGCACAAACUCUAUCGGCUCGAUCUGGCCCAGGGCCCUCAGUCCUUGAGGGCUAUUGACACGCCUGUCUCGGUCGGGGUGACCGCCAACAUCGCCGACGUGGACGAGGAUCAGCUGGUCGUAGGGGCCAAGUAUGGAUUCGCUCGGCUGAACCGCACCACUGGGUCGCUCUCCUAUAUUCGCCAGGUCUGGGGCGAGGAGGAUGGGCUGGGGAGAGCUGAGAGAAUGCGCUUCAAUGAUGGCGCCGUGGACAGCCACGGCCGGUUUUGGGCGGGGGCCAUGAACGACCCCAAAAUCCAACCCCCAGGGCCAGAAGGCGUACUGUUCAGACUGGAUCCGGACCUCAGCGUGCAUCGCAUGUUGGUCCCGGUGACCAUUCCCAACGGGAUCGGUUGGAAUGCACAGGAUGACACUAUGUACCUGACCGACUCGCCAACAGGCAAGAUCUUCGCCUUUGAUUUCGACGCCGCCACCGGCGCCAUUUCCAAUCGUCGCGUGCACUUUGAUCUCGGAGAGCCCCUGGAGCCUGAUGGGUUUGCCAUCGACGUCGAGGGCUGUAUCUGGUCGGCCAUCUAUGGUGGCGGCAAGGUGAUCCGUAUUUCGCCGGCUGGGAAGGUGAUUGGGGAAAUCGCCCUUCCGACGCGCAACAUCACUUGCCCUACUUUUGUGGGCACGGAGUUGUUUAUUACCACGGCGAAGGAUGAUCGCGAUGACGAGAAGUUCCCGCAGUCUAUCCGGUAUGGAGGGCGAGUGUACCGAGUUGAUGUGGGCGUUCGGGGGAAGCCCAAGAACGAGUUCCGAUUCCAGGGCUGA